UAGGCGGGAUUAAAGUAUUCCAUAGGGGAUUGUAGUUGCAAAAGGAUAUCCCUGUCUGCUCUUUUCAUGGAUUGAAAGGGAUCUUGGGUGAGGAUGCUGGGAGCAGUUACAGGGCUUCUAAAAGACCAGCUUCUGCAGUUAUAGCAAGCCUACUGCUCCGUUGCAUCUCAAUGGACUGACGGACAGCUGGAUCACUGAUGGACUGACGGACAGCUGGAUCACUGACAAACCACAUUUAUUUGCAACUGCAAAGGUCUGUUCUUCAGAGCUAAGUAUUGUAGCACUCAAGCCCGAGAACAUGACAUCGCCAGCCAAAUUUAAAAAGGAUAAAGAGAUCAUCGCUGAGUAUGACACCCAAGUCAAAGAGAUUCGAGCCCAGCUGAUAGAGCAGUUAAAAUGUCUGGAUCAACAAUGUGACCUGCGCACCCAGCUCCUCCAGGAUCUGCAGGACUUUUUCCGCAAGAAAGCCGAAAUCGAAAUGGAUUACUCGAGAAACCUGGAAAAACUAACGGAGCGUUUUUUGUCAAAGACACGCGGAGCCAAAGACCAGCAGUUCAAGAAGGAUCAAAAUGUACUUUCCCCAGUGAACUGCUGGAACCUGCUCCUCACCCAGGUGAAACGGGAGAGCCGGAACCAUGCUACUCUAAGCGAUAUCUACCUAAACAACAUUAUCCCGCGAUUUGGCCAAGUCGGCGAGGACUCUGGAAGGCUCUUUAAGAAGAGUAAAGAAAUUGGCCUUCAACUUCAGGAGGAUAUGAUGAAAGUGUUAAAUGAGCUUUACACAGUGAUGAAAACAUAUCAUAUGUACAAUGCAGACAGCAUCAGUGCGCAGAGCAAGCUAAAGGAGGCAGAGAAGCAGGAAGAGAAGCAGAUGAGCCGGUCAGUGAGGCAGGAAGAUCGCCAGACCCCUCGCUCGCCUGACGCUACAGCCAGUGUGCGACUAGAGGAGAAGCACAUACGCCGCAGCUCGGUCAGGAAGAUAGAGAAGAUGAAGGAGAAGCGCCAGGCUAAAUACACUGAGAAUAAAGUGAAGGCCAUCAAAGCCCGGAAUGAGUAUGUGCUGGCUCUGGAAGCCACCAAUGCAUCUGUCUUCAAAUACUAUAUUCAUGACUUGUCAGACCUCAUUGAUUGUUGUGACUUAGGGUACCAUGCCAGUCUGCACCGCGCCCUACGCACAUUCCUGUCUGCAGAGUUCAACUUGCAGAGCUCCAAGCAGGAGGGAUUGGAAGCACUGGAAAAUGCCACUGAAAACCUGGAUGCCUCAGCAGACAAACAGCGCCUGAUGGAGACCUCCAAUAGUGUAUUCUGCCCGCCCGUGAGGUUUGAGUUCCAACCACACAUGGGAGAUAUGAUGUCCCAGUUGUGUGCCCAGCAGCCAUUGCAGGGGGAGUUAGCUCAGAGAUGUCAGCAACUGCAAUGCCGAUUGUCAACGCUGCACAUAGAGAAUGAAGAGGUUAAGAAGACCAUGGAAGCCACCCUGCAGACCAUACAGGACAUGGUGAGUGUGGAGGACUUUGACGUUUCCGACUGCUUCCAGUACAGCAAUUCCAUGGAGUCUGUAAAGUCCACAGUUUCUGAGACCUACAUGAGCAAACCUAGCAUCGCCAAACGCCGUGCCAACCAGCAGGAGACAGAGCAGUUCUACUUCACAAAGAUGAAAGAAUUCCUUGAGGGACGAAAUCUAAUUACAAAAUUGAAAGCCAAGCACGACAUGCUGCAGAAGACUCUAGGAGAAUGUCAGCGUACAGAUUGUUCCAUCGCCAGUCGAAGAAUGUCAACAUUAAAGAAACAGGAUUCCAAACAGCCCAUUCCUCUGGUGGUUGAAAGCUGCAUUCGGUUUCUCAGCCGUCACGGUCUUCAGCAUGAGGGGAUCUUCCGUGUGUCUGGUUCCCAGGUGGAAGUGAAUGAUAUCAAGAAUGCAUUUGAAAGAGGGGAGGAUCCAUUAGAAGAAGACCAGAAUGACCAUGAUUUGGACUCAGUGGCUGGGGUGCUUAAACUGCACUUUAGAGGACUCACAACUCCCCUCUUUCCUAAGGAAAUCUUCCACGACCUCUUAAGCUGUGUCUCAAUGGACACUAUGCCAGACCGAGCUUCCCACAUCCGCAGGGUCCUGUUAAGCCUCCCAGCCUCUACCUUGGUCCUUAUGCGAUAUCUUUUUGCUUUCCUAAAUCAUCUUUCUCAGUUCAGCGAUGAUAAUAUGAUGGAUCCGUAUAAUUUAGCCAUUUGCUUUGGUCCCACUUUGAUGUGCGUCCCUGACAAUCAGGACCAGGUGUCCUGCCAGUCGCAUGUCAACGAGCUCAUCAAAACCAUCAUCAUGCAGCACGAGAGCAUCUUCCCAGGACCCCGGGAGCUGGAGGGACCAAUCUAUGUGCCGUGGAGCCUCAGCGAGGACUGUGAGAGUUCUCACAGUGAGCCCAUUUCUGUGGACGAUUCUGUUCUAGAUAUAACUGCUGAGAUGCACGCCGCAGAGGAUGGGUCACACACGAACAGCACUGGCUAUGGCGGCAGGAGGAUACCCCCAGCUGGCAGUGAAGACCCACCCAGCGAGAGAUCUAGUCCCAAAUCUGAGCCGGAGCAGAGCACAGAGCCCCUCCACGAGGCAAAGAUCACUGCCAGAGCUAGCCUCAGCUGUCCUUCUGGCGGGCAUGUGGCUGAUAUUUAUCUUGCCAAUAUUAACAAACAGCGGAAAAGGCCAGAAUCUGGUAGCAUCCGGAGAGCCUUCCGACAAAGCGACAGCCUUUCUAGCUCUGACACCUCCGAGCCAGCAUCUCCUGGGCCCAGCGCUCGGCCCACAUCUCAGCCAUCCAUGAGCCAGAAUUUUUCCAGAGAAGCCCCUGAUCGCUGCUCCAUUAGUGGUCAUGGGACAGUCAGCAGCAUCAGCCGACACUCUUCGCUUAAAAACAGGGUAGACAAUCCACAGAUCCGCAAAGCCAUGGUUGCUGGAAGGUCAAAGAGCUUCAAUAAUCAUCGCCCUAUAGACCCAGAAGUCAUCGCUCAGGACAUUGAAGCCACCAUGAACUGUGCCCUUAAUGAGCUGCGGGAACUGGAGCGUCAGAGUAGCGCAAAACACGCCCCUGAUGUGGUGCUGGACACCUUGGAACCUCUCAAAACAUCCCCUGUGGCUGCCCCCAAUUCUGAGCCUUCGAGUCCCCUACAUGCCCAGUCAAUGCGGGAAGUGGAACCUGGAUUCCAGCGUAGCUCCAGUUCUGCCAGCGACAUCCUCUCCUCCUUCCGUACUGCCAAAUCUGUGCGGCUACCCCCUUCUCGACCCCCAGCCACGCGACCCAAACCAGCCGUUUUCCCUAAAACUGGACCCCCGGCCCCAGGGGGAGUAGGUUCUGCAUCUGGGCAGCAGCCGCCUGAUAAAUCCUGCCCGGUGUGAUGCAGAGUAUGGGGAAAUCACUGUGAAUUUCAUGUUAGUCUUCAAUGUACAUAAAGACUGAAGUGUUAGGAGAAGCCGAAGAACUAAUGGAUAUAAAAGCCUUAAAAUGAAGGCUGGGUCAAGGCUGCAUUUGGAGCAGACCGAGGAGCCAAGAGGAACUGGCAUCAAUCUGUUUAAUUAAAGGGUCUGUCCCACUAGGAGCAAAAUGACUAUCAUAUUGUGGUUAAAGGGUGAAUCUCACAGAGGUGCAACAAAACCUAUUAUAAAAGUCAUUUUUAACGGGUUAUAAGGUCAUUCUCACAUAUGUGAACAGUGACUUUCAUAUUUAAUGGGUUUUAUAGGAAUAAACUAAUUUACUAUAAUAAUCCUUUAAGUAGGUUAAACUGUGAUGUAAACUGGUCUUUUCUCAAGAGGGGGGGGUAAAAGGGUCAGUUACACAUAGGGCUAACCUACGGUUGUGGUCAUUUUUAUAGGUAAAUUGCAUAUCCAGUACUGUCCUAAAUAUCCAUAGUAAGAGCAGGAUUAUAUUAUCAUAAACCAGUUUUGAUUGGUCGAUCCUAGAGAUAUCACAUGAUCAGAUUAAAAUAGGCCUGAAGGGCUGUAUCCUAGUUGAGGAGCUAGUUAAAGUUGCCUAUCAAAUCAGCAGUAAAACCUAAAAUAAUGUUUGUGUGUGUUAUGUAUAAUAUAUUGGAUGGGUCGAUAGCACAUCUUCUCAGUGCUGAUAAACUAUUUUUAAGCUUCAAUACCUGAUACACAAUAGAGUUUCAAAUUGUAUUAACUUAAAAUGUAAAUUAAUAAUAAGGCAAAUGUUUGCUAAAUAAAACAAAUGUUUCCCUUGAUAUUCUUUCUAUCAUUCUAAAGUUUCUUUAUAGGAAUGUUAAAGGGACAUACAACCCAAAUGUUUUCUUUAUGAUUCAGAUAGAGAAUACAAUUAUAAACAACUUUCCAAUUUACUUCUAUUAUCUUAUAUGCUUUGUUCUUUUGGCAUCCUUUGUUGAGGAAACAACCAUUCACAUGGGUGAGCCAAAAACAUGAUGCAUAUAUGUGCAGCCACCAAUCAACAGCUCAUGAGCCUACCUAGGUAUGCUUUUCAAUAAAGGAUACCGAGAGAGCAAAACAGAUUAAGAUACUAGAAGUCAAUUGGAAAGUUGUUUCAAAUUGCAUGCUCUCUGUGAAUCAUAAAAAGAAAAAAUGGAUUUCCUGUCCCUUUAAUAUUCAAGUAUCGAAUGUAGCAUUUGAAUGUUCACAUGUAAUAAAAUAGAAUAAAAAAGUACUGAAUGUUUAUUUUUACAACAUCAA